AUGUGGCGUGUUUUAGGAACCCGCAGAAUGUGGAGCAGCCUUCCCGAUGACCUGCAGGCCGUCCCCUCCUCCAGGGACUCUCCAGGCUGCAGCAGCCCAGAACCAUGGCUCCUCCCGGGCUGCAGCUCUAUCUAUGACAGCCUGGUCAGCUGUUUCCAGCUUCCGCCUUCGAGUAGUCUGUGUGGAGAAAGGGGAUAUCUCACAAACAAGCCUCGCAGGUCGUCCAUCCUUGAACGCUGUAUUCUCAAAGUGUCCACCACCAGUGUUGCCGUUGGGACAGAUGAUAUGGACCGUGUCAAAAGACCACAGGUGGGCCGCUGGUACCCCCGCCUCCUGGACCCAGCCAACACGGAGACCAACACAGCGGUUCUGAAGAGGCGGCAGAAACAGAUCCAGUAUGGCAAGAACACAAGUGGAUACCAGAACUACAUCCAGCAAAUCCCCAAGCAUCUCAGAGAUCCCAAGCUCCACCCCUCCACUCCUAACAAGUACAGGAAGUACAGCCGGCGUUCAUGGGACAUGCAGGUCCGACUGUGGAGACGAGCACUGCACAUCUGGGACCCCCCGGUCGACACCCAGUCAGAGGUCUCGGACACACAGGACCCAGUCGACCAUCUGCAGAGUCAACUGGCAAAGAUGACCUCUGAGAUGUGUGAAGAUGGAGGAGGAGAGGGGGAUAUGCUGAGAGGAGGAACUCCACCAAAUUAUAAGGCCUUCUCCAUCUCCCCUCCAUCCACUGCAGGAACCCUGGACCUUUCCUUACCCAGGAAGCCACGAUACGCCUCCCUGGUGCCUCAGUCCAGCCUUCACCCUCCUCAUUCCUCGACAGACCUGAGUUACUCCUUUAGGAGCCAGUUGACUGCUGAUGAAAACUUGAUGAGCUGGCUACGCUUCCCAUUUGAGGCGGAUCAUGCUCAAGGCCACACCCCCGAUGACCAGCAGGUUCCUGCGGUUACCAACCAGCUCUCGUGGAGUCUCAUGUGA